AAUACAAAUUUCGACUUGUUUUUCUUAGGCAUAUCUUGGUGUCCUGCUGAAACUAAUAAUUUUUAUACUGUUGGACGUGAUGGUUUACUUAUUCGUCAUAGUAUCAAAGAUGGUAUUCGACCGGUAGAGAAUGCACCACCUGUGGCUUUAUCUUUUAGCCCAUAUGGACAUUUACUACAUGCUGUUCGUAAAGAUCGUAUUGAAAGUGGUAAUAAUUUGUUAACUAUGGACGAAAAUAACAAACUGUCAUAUCCUGCAACUACAAAACUGCAAUCAACCUCUGUUCAACACUCCAAUGGAAAUGGAUCUUCAUUAGGCUAUUAUGGUUCUUCAAAUAAUACAUCAACUUUACCGAAUGCCGUUAUUGCUUCUACUAAUUCUAAUAUUGGUGAUUCUGUUUCAAGUAGUAAAGAUUUUGAACAUCCUACUGUAAUAGUAACAUCUGGUAAUACUGAUGAAUUAGUAAAUCUAAAUGCUACCACUACGCUAAUCACUACAGAAUCAGCUGUCAAUAUACCUGGUACUAAUAGUAAUCAUAAUAUUAUGUAUGCCGGUAGUAAUAUUAAUACUAUCAGUACAACAUCGAUUAUUUCUGCUACCUCCACUAUGUUUACUAAUUCACCUAAUAACGAAACUGCAACAAUCAUGACAUCGACAACAACCACAUCACCUUCCUCCUUGUUUGAUUCACCUCAAAUGGGAUCUUUAAAAUCAACACAGUUAUUUGUUUCACAAGCUCAUAGUCUUUUAUUUCAUUAUAAACCAUGUUUAGAGACACUUCUUCAACCAAAAUGGUAUGAUUUCAGCAAUGCUCUACUACCUGAUCUAAUUAUUUUGUUGGCCAAUAAUUACAAGUUUAUCGGGACCAAUGUGGAUAUGAUUUGUGAAUAUAAUGCCAAUGUUUGUUUACGAUUUGGUCAGCCAUUUUUAGUACGAUUCUGGUUAUUAUUACGUUCAAUUUAUGGUAGCCUUAAUUCUGAAUCAAAUAAACGUACAGCAUCUCAACAAUAUGCAACACAACCGCAACCACCUACACCAUCACAUCAACAAGUAUACACUUUCUCAGAUUUAGGCAAUCAAUAUUCCAAACAUAUUCAAUCCUCACUGAUGAAUGAGAAAAUGGUUCCGUCUACUGAUUCACCAUGUGUUCAUAUUCCAGACAACAGAGCGUCGAAGCGUUUCCGAAAUUCUGGAGCAUCAAAACGUAAAACACGUGAUUUAAAAACAAACGAUACUACAGGUGUUAAAUUAUCGUCUAUUUUAGAAUCAUUAGGUAUAAGAUGUCGAGAAUCUGCACAAAAAUCAACUGACAAAACAAUAGCAAACAUGAAUGUGGAU